AUGAAGCCCUUUUGGAUAUCGCAAUGUGACUCCCUCGUCUUCUAUCGGGCGCGCAAGACCGGGUGUCUCAUCUCCCGCACCCACGGGUUCGGCUUCAUGAUACACAGGCUGCCCUCCGACGACGCCGGUACCCCCCGCUGGAGCGCCCCCUGCUUCCUGCGCCUGGAGACCACGGGCCUGGGCCUGGGCUUUGGCCGCGUGCACUCCGCCUCCGUCACCGCAUGCAUGACGCCCAAGCUACGCGCCGAGGUGCAGCGGCGCCGCCACCGCACCUUCACCGGCAUCGAGUCUGGGAUCCUGUGCGGCGCGGCGACGCGCGUGCGCCGAGACUUCCUCACCUCCCCCGCGGCCUCCUACGGCACCGUGGGCUCCGGCGCCCUGCGCGGCGCCUCCUUCGACUUCUCCUACGCCAUCGGCCUGCUGACCGUGGACGAAGCGGCCAACGCGGCGGCCUACGGCGGCCCCGUCGCCGCCUCGGCGCUGCUGGAGGGCAAGGUCGAGGCGCCUGCGGAGAUGCAGCCCCUGUACGACCAGCUGGCGGCUGCGGCGCUGGCUACGCCGGGGCUCAGCGACGUGCAGGUUGUGGACAAGGCGGCGGGGGAGCAGGGCGACGUGGAGCAGGGCGCGCGUGAGGAGGCACCGCCGGCGCCCCGCCCGGUUCCCUACUCCAGUAGAGAGGAACACAGGGACCGCGUCCUCCCCGACGGCACGUCGGCUUUCUAUUCCAUGCAGUACUGA